UCGCGCGGCGCGGGCAGGCGGCAGUAAUGGCGGCGGCGGCGGCGGCGGGAGGAGGAGCAGGAGGAGCAGCAGGAACAGGAGCAGCAGGAACAGGAACAGCGGGAGCCGUGGCGGCCCCGCCGCGGGGCAUCCGCGCAUGGCUGCGGAGCGCGUUCCGCUUCGCCACCGACCGCAACGACUUCCGCAGGAACCUGCUGGUGAACCUGGGGCUGUUCGCCGCCGGGGUCUGGGUCGCCCGGAACCUGACGGACAUCGACCUGAUGGCCCCACAGCCCGUCCCAUAGCAGCGGAAGGAGCCGGAGCUGCCGGGAGCAGAGCUCGCCCUCCCGCCAGGACCGGAGCCGUGGGGCUGCUCUGAUCCCGCCUGUCCGGCCUGGAGCAGUGACAAGGACAGAAGGUUGAAUGCUGAGAGGGAGAAUCGGUUUCCCACUUGUUCCUUCGGGAAUUGUUUCCUCGAGGACGUGCACAGAAUUUCCUCCUGUACCCCCCGCCCCCAGAUGUUUAUUAAAGUUUAUGGAAUAACAACAGGA